AGCAUUCUUUGUAAGUAUAAAAUAUAUGUAGGUUCCUUUUCUUUUUUUCCCCCUUUGCCGGCUCUGAACCCAACUCAAACCUUCUUUCAUAGUUAUUAUUAUCUAUCUAUAAUAUAUAUAUAUAUGUCAGAUGUGCCGGAUCAUAAUAAAUACGUGAAAGCAAAGCUGUAUUAAACGCUAAACUAUCAUUAAUCUCUGUUUAAGUACAGAAUAUUUAAGGACAUAAAUACUACUACUCAUUGUAAAAAACAACCAACUCAUCAAGUACUCCGACACAAUCAAUCAAUAUGCCAAAAACACAAUCACUUCCCGACAUAAGUCAUUGUUAAUUUCCAUAUUAUUCAAAAACUUCUGAUUAGUGAUUACCACCCAAUUUUGACCAAAUAUCACACCAAUUAUGAAGAAAAUAAAAUAUUUUCUUCUACAAAUCUUAACUGAAAAUCCUAACCCUAUCUCUUGCUUUACUGUUAACCAACUCUUGAAUACAAAAAUGGAAAAAAAAAAAAAGGAAGAAAAAUAGAUCGUAUGUAUAAUUGUAUAUAGAAAAGAUUUCAACGCCAUUGUCUUUACUAUAACCAUACCCUUGUCGCUGCAUCACCGUCGAUGUUUACAAAACUCACCGUCAAACCCAUAAACAGCAAGAUCCCCCACAUACCCAUUUCAUCAAACACUGUCAGAACACAAAUUUUUAGCUCUGAAUUCAUGUUUCGAUCAAAACCCAUUUUCCUCUAACGAUCAAGACAGCAAUUUCAGCUGAAAAGUUUUGGACUUGAUUAACAACCAUAUGCGCCAUCAUCGAAGCGAGAUCGACGGCAAAAACAGGAGAAUUUGGUGUUUCUUACAAUGGGAGCUGAGAAGAAAUGGCUAUUCACUCUCUUCUCCGCGACAUUCGUCUCUCUUCUCCUUCUAUCACUCUGUUCCAUAUCCACUUUCGGCUUCCCCAAGUCCUUCCCUUCUAUGGUACACCAUGGGUCUCACUACCCACCCUCUUUCGCUUACUACAUAUUCGGUGGUCGAGGAGAUAAUAACCGGAUCCUGAGGUUAUUGCUCGCGGUGUAUCAUCCGAGGAACCAGUACUUGUUGCACUUAGAUGUGGAUGCAUCCGAUGAUGAGAGACAGAGGCUGGUUGCAGCUGUGAAGACUGUGCCCGCCAUUAGGAGUUUUGGGAAUGUGAAUGUUGUGGGCAAGCCUGAUCGGAUUACUUACAUGGGGGCCUCAAAUAUUGCAGCGACAUUGCACGCCGUGUCAAUUUUGUUGAAGUUGGAUGGCGGCUGGAAUUGGUUUAUUCCAUUAAGUGCGGCAGAUUAUCCACUGAUCACACAAGACGACUUAUCCCAUGUGUUCUCUUCUUUUGGGAGAGACCUCAAUUUUGUGGAGCACUCCAGUGACCUUGGAUGGAAAGAAGUUCAUAGGUUCCAACCUAUUGUAGUUGACCCUGGGCUCUACCUUGCCAGAAGGAGCCAAAUAUUCCAUGCUACGGAGAAACGGCCAAUGCCUGAAGCUUUUAAGAUUUUCACAGGUUCUCAAUGGGUCAUCCUAAACCGAUCAUUUCUUGACUAUUGCAUUCUUGGCUGGGAUAAUCUUCCCAGGGUCCUCCUUAUGUAUUUUAACAACGUAAUGCUGUCUCAAGAAAGUUAUUUCCAUUCCGUCAUUUGCAAUUCACCCGAGUAUCAGAACACAACUGUUAACAGUGAUCUGAGAUAUAUGAUUUGGGACAAUCCUCCCAAAAUGGAACCCCACUUUCUCAACAUAUCUGAUCAUGUUGAAAUGGCUCAAAGUGGAGCUGCUUUUGCGAGGCAGUUUAAGAAGGAUGACCCUGUGUUGGACGUGAUUGAUGACAAGAUCCUCAAGCGUGGACGGCACCAAGUGGUACCAGGGGCGUGGUGCACAGGCCGUAGGAGCUGGUGGAUGGAUCCUUGCACACAAUGGGGGGAUGUUAAUGUUUUGAACCCUGGGCCUCAGGCAAAGAAGUUUGAGGAGGCUGUUGCAAACGUUAUUGAGGACGGGAAUUCACAAUCGAAUCAGUGCAAGUGAAAGUAUAUUAAAGUACGAUCUAUCCAGAUUCUCUCAAUUUCACCUGUGAAUUCUUACUGGUGCAGAGAGCCUGACAUUACUAGGGAUACAUUCUUUGUUGUCAGGGCCCGUUUUUAGGGGUUUUCUUUUCUUCCAGUCACAGGUUAUGGUAAUGUUUACAGGCCAGAGUGAGGUUUAUACGAGGAGCAGACAGACACGAAGGGGGAACAAGUGAAUUCACUUGGGUUUUCCAUUCACAGAGUUGCUUGGAGCCUAGUAUUUAGAGCACACCCGCGACGAUCAGAUCAAGAAGCUUUGCCUCUUUUGACCUGCCAUUGGCUUACUGUAGUGCUGUAUGUUCAACCUUUGUUGUUGAACACUUAGAAGUUUGAAACGUCGAAACCGAGCUCAUUCAUUAAAUUCUAAUUUUUGUAUUGCUCUCAUUGCGACUCU